CAAAAUUUAGUCCAUGACACAGCGUUUGCGCCUGAAGCGGGAUGAAUUCCCUGGAGACUCACGAGCCACGACGGGUCAUUGUAUAGCUACUCAAACCUAUUUAUUCGCGCAACAUCGUAUCCCCGCCGGCGUCCCGCCUCUGCUGCGCCAAUCAUGGGAGGCGUUUUCGGCCGGCCGAAGCAGGAGCGCGGCGACGGGAAAGUUGUGGCUAUAACGGGAUGCUCUAAAGGGGGGAUCGGCUACGCUCUGGCAGAGGAGUACGCGCGGCGAGGUGCCAAGGUGUUUGCGACGGCGCGGAGGACAGAAGCCAUGGAGGGGCUUCAGGAGCUGGGCGUGACUACAGUGAAGCUGGAUGUGACUAACGAGGAUGAGAUCAAGUCUGCAGUGGAUGUGAUUGUAAAGAGCGCCGGGAAGAUCGACGUUCUUGUGAACAACGCGGGUGUGCUUACAAUGGGGCCCGUGGCGGACCUCCCCCUCUCCGCCUGGCGCCAUGGCUUCGAAACCAAUCUGUUGGGAGCAGUGGGCAUGGCUAAAGCUGUGUUCCCCCACAUGGCUGAGAGGAGGCGCGGGUGCAUCGUGAAUAUAUCGAGCAUCCUGGGGUACCAAGCCUUGCCCAUGGGAGCUGUGUACUCGGCGUCCAAGGCUGCCCUAACCGCGGUCACCAACUGCAUGCGCAUGGAGAUGAAACCGUUCGGCGUGAAGGUCAUCCUUGCCACGCCGGGGCUCAUCAAGACAGAGCUGUUUGGAAAAUCCAGCAACCAUUCCGUUCAGCUCGCUCCCACCAGCCUUUACUCCCCCUGCCAAGCGAACAUCGAUAAAAUGGCGAGCCUGACCAACACUGUAGCCAUGACUCCAGCCUCCCACCUCGCUUCACUCAUUGCGAACGCCUCACUUUCAUCCAAUCCCCCCUGGCGCCUUUUUGCCGGGGAGUUGUGGUUUCCUGUGAUGGCGAUGGUGUGGUUCGCGCCGGUGUGGCUCUUGGAUUGGUUUUAUUGGAAGGGGCAUGGGGAUGCUUUUGCGGAGGGGGGGAGGAGGAAGAGGAUUGCUGUUGAUGCAGAGGAUAUGAAGCAUAAAUAGAGCUGCAUUCAUUUCUGGGAUUGGUAUGGAUGGUGUUUUUUCAAGAGGUUUCACGAAGGUGUCGUGCUGGUUUUAGAAUUUAACGUAAUGUAAGAAAAGAGCCAUUUGUCAAAUGCUUUUUUAAUACUGAUUAUUGUCUGAUA